AUGUCUUCAGCUAUGAAUGUGUUAUCAUCAUUUACUAUUUUUGUUUUAUUUAUUUCAAUAUUUAUAUCUGAGUCAAAAGAUUUUAGUGACAAAAAUUUAAUUCAUUCUUCAAAUUUAAAGAAUGAUUUAGUACCAGUUAUCUUAAAUGAUGAUGAAAAUAUUCAUAACAUAAAAAAAAGACAAGAUAGUUAUAAUAAUAGUGAAGGAAUUCAAGUUAAUGGUAAUAUUGAAAAUUCAAAUGCAACAUUCAAUCAAAUAAAAAAUAAUAUACAAGAAAGUCAAAAAUCUUUGAAAUAUAUUUUAGAAUCUAUUCAAAAAGAAUUUGAAAAAUACUUUACAUCGUUUCAAAAUCAAUUUUUAGAUUUAUAUAGACGUGCUAAGCAGUUAAAUUUAAAGGCUUCAUCAAAAUACUAA